CUCAAAUUAUCUGGAGCAUUAAAGCCAGGACCAGCAAAUGGUCGAACUGGGAUCUGAAGAACAAAGCUCUCUCACAUCUUCGGGAGGAUAUAGUAAGCAAAAUGCAGUGGAAGGUGUUAACGCUCUUGAUGGUGGCACUUGGAAACGACGUCUUUUGUUGCAAGCCCUUCGAAAUUUCACACGGGAAGAGGCUUCUGGAACUGAAAGCAAACUUUGGAAAAAUUGCCGGACAGUGCAAGAAAGAAAUUCACAACUUAUUGUCACUGCUUCAGCGAGGAGACCUGAAAAUUGGAAUGGAGGCAUUCUGCAGGAUGCACAGCACAUGUAUGGAGUCGAUAGUGGGCGACAAAGCGAAGGAGGUGUUCGAUUGCUGGGGUGUGGCGCUCGAAAACAAGGCCUACAUGCUCCACUCAUCUAAGGACUUCACUCCCGCUCAACUCCAAGGCACCAAAGACGUUCUCGAGUGUUUCAAAAACACUGAAGCGGGGGAUCUACCAGCGCAUGCCCUCGAUGACCUCGCUUCACUUUGGAGUCAGUACACGAAGACAGGAUGAAAUACGGGAAGCACAAGAAAAGAAAGCCGGCAACAAAGGAACGCCGGGCACAAGACUACCACUUGAAAUUUGGUUUGCCCCCCCCCCCCACCCCCAACCCCUCCCCCCAUCUCUUUUCCCCUUUCUUUCGUACACUCUUAGCUGAGGGGAGAGUUCUCAUUUUGGCCGUGGGUCGAUGAGUUCUGCAAUUACAAGUAAUCGGAUAUGGGUUGCUUUUCUUUUUCACGAGCGGGAAGAAGGGGAAGUAUGGCUACUUGUGAGCAAAUAAGAGCCAAAAUUGGCUGCGAACAAGUAAGCCCAUUACGAGUUGCAAUUAAGCACAUCGGGCGCCAUGUCAGCGACCGCACUUUUCAAACAUGCGCUAAGCCUAAUGCUUCCACUAUUUCUAAGACUACCGUAUCUAAUUUGUGAUUAGGUCAACUCAGUACAGAGAAUGGUAUGCACUGUACAAAGACGGCUAAGGCGUAAAGUGUAAUAUCAAAGCAGCAUAGCAAAGCCUUCUACGACGACUAGUGCCUCUUAAUGCACGACGGAAAUAGCUUGCAGUCAAAUCUGCCACUAUACCGCGAACGAAGGAGAUACAAGAAAGCAGUGGUCCAUUGAAUAAAUCUGUGGAAGAGUU